AUGUUUUUGACCAUCACCACCUUAACUGCUCUUACUCCUGUCUUCAUAGCUCCUGUUCUCAUAGCAACUUUUGAAAAAUAUAUUAAAAUCAAAGAACGAAGACAACAAUCAAAACAAUCAAAUGAAAAUGCAGAUCAAAAUUUUGAAGAUUCAAAUACUUCCGCUGUUACACGUGGUGUCCACGAUAAUAAUAAUAGUUCAACAGAUGGACAACCACCCACAAAACCAAUAUUAACUACUGAGACGGAACCUAUAUCAAAAUUAACAAGUUCCAAUUAUACUGAAGAGGAAAGACUUAAAA